UUUCUCCAACCUGCUGCUUGUUCGAGGCCCUCGAGCUUGAACAACAACCACCAUCACCAUGGCCGCCGCAUCAACGCACCGUCUCCGGCUCCUCAGCUCCUCCACACGGGGCCUCUUCCCUCAACCCAGCUCCUCCCUCGCCCGUCGAGCCUACGCCACCACCGAAUCUCCCACCGACACCACUACCACAACCGCCCAAGUGCCACCACGCCGUCGAACAACCUUCACAAACAAACUCAACGCCGGCCCCUCCUUCACCGACUUCGUCUCCGGCAACACAGCCCCCGCCCUCGAUGAGGAGCCCUUCGAAACGGCCCUCGUCGGCCCCGCCGGCCGCAAGAAGAAGAUGACCCGCCUGCCCUCCUGGCUCAAGACCCCUAUCCCGGACUCCCAGAACUACCAACGUCUCAAGAAAGACCUGCGCGGUCUGAAGCUCCACACCGUCUGCGAAGAGGCCCGUUGUCCCAACAUCUCCCAGUGCUGGGGCGGCGACGACAAGUCCGCUGCCACCGCCACCAUCAUGCUGAUGGGCGACACCUGCACGCGCGGCUGUCGCUUCUGCAGCGUCAAGACAAACCGUGCCCCAGCGCCCCUUGACCCCCACGAACCUGAGAACACCUCCGAGGCGAUCUCCCGCUGGGGCCUGGGCUACGUCGUUCUCACCAGCGUCGACCGCGACGACCUCGCCGACGGUGGUGCGCGCCACUUCGCCGAGACCGUCAUCAAGAUCAAACAAAAGGCCCCCAGCAUCCUCGUCGAGUGUCUUACGGGCGACUACGCGGGCGACCUAGAGAUGGUCAAGCUGGUCGCGCGCUCCGGACUCGACGUGUACGCACACAACGUCGAGACCGUCCGCGAGCUCUCCAACCAGGUGCGCGACCGCCGCGCCACCUUCGAGCAGUCUCUCCGCGUCCUCGAAGCUGCCAAGCAAGCCAAGCCCGAGCUCAUCACCAAAACCUCCCUCAUGCUCGGCUUCGGCGAGACAGACGAGCAGCUCGAGAACUCCCUCGCCGCGUUACGUGCCGUCAACGUCGACGUCGUCACCUUCGGUCAGUACAUGCGUCCCACCACCAGACACAUGCCCGUGCAUGAGUACGUUCGUCCCGAACGGUUCGAUUACUGGAAGUCUCGUGCCCUCGAGAUGGGCUUCCUUUAUUGUGCGUCUGGGCCCCUCGUCCGCAGUAGUUAUAAGGCGGGUGAGGCGUUCAUUGAGAAUGUCCUUAAGAAGAGAAAGGCCGGCGAGCCCCUUCGGAACCCCGAUGCCCAUGAGAAGGAGUGGCAGUCGUUUCUGACAUCAUGA